AUGGAGGGAGAUGAAAGGGAAGAAGGGGACCCUCCAAGGGUUUCACGUUCAACCGCAAAAAGGGCGAGAAAGGUUUCUCUUGGUGAUAACGCAGAAGCUUCUGAGGUAGGAAUCUCAAAUGACUUCCUUCAAAAAGCAAAGAUAAUUCAAGAAAACCUCCGAAUAUACCUUACUAAAGCUGACAAAAGUAUAAAAAAUAAAGACCAAAACCACAUUAAUGGCAAAAUACAGUGGUUCAUUGACGCUAUUGAAUCGUUGGAGGAAAGGACAAAGCAGUACAAAGAUAAGAGUGAGGGCUUAUCUUUACUUGUCCAUAAAGCGGUUCAGGAAACACUUACCUCACCUUCAGUACAUUCGAUGAUAACCAGCAUCGUAAUAGAGAAAACAGUGCCGAAGGUAAUAGAAUCUCUCUCAGGAACCACUAUGAAAUCUAAUGGUCCCCUCGCCAUCCCUGGAAAAAGCAACGAAAAGUCAUCCGCGACUAACGUGACCCCGCCUGAGCCUUUACCAGCCGCAGUUCCUUUUACAGUCGUUAAGAGCAAAAGAAAUAGGAAAAAGACUAAAAAGUCUACCGGCAGGCACAUUUUUAGCCCGGACCGAGGAGGCACAUUCGUGAUCCUGAGGCGGAACCAAGGUUAUCCUCCAAGGACGCCAUUCCUUCCAGCCCUCUCGUCAAUGGGAGGAUGUGAGCUAUCCGCUUCUUGCUCUGACCUCUGCUUCUUCUGA